GAAUUUUUUAUUUAUUUCCAUUUACUUGAAAUUGAAAUCUAUUGGAAAUUAUGAUCAAAUUUUAAUUUUAAAAAAAUGUAAAAUUUACGCUAAUAAUAUCAAUGUAAUUUUGUUUUUCUAUGUAAAAGACGAACUUCUCGAUUUCCACCGCUUCUGAUUCGAAAUAUUUCGACUUUAUAACAGAAUGUAAUUAACUUUUGAUUUCCUAAAAAAGGAUGAUAUUUAACACACAUUUCAUCACUGUAGUGCUUUAUAUGAUCACACUCGAAUUCAUGUUCAAUUAUAUAGAUUAUUUAACAUUAAGUAAACAAAAUUGCGUCAAAUCAAAUAAACAAAAUACAUGUCUUCAUGCCCUUUUUCGUCAUUUCACAGACCUUACGAGUUCACUCUUAAAGUUGCUCUCAAUUCCGAAUACGCCCAUCGGCUCUUUCCCAUUUGUUUAGGGUUUUGAUUUGAUUUCUGCAGGAUAUGAUAAUGGAUCGACAAACGGUGGCGUUCGCCUCUUUCAAUCUCGUUUUCAUAGCAUUAUUCUACAUUUGUUCGCGAUUUUACUUGCACCGCCGCCAUCAGCGCCGCAUCGCCCAGCUACGCAUCGCCGACGAAGCCCUCGGCCGCCUCCUCAGAUACAUCGAGAGGGAACUCGAGAGCAGAGCCGCCGUCCGCGGCCUCGAACCGGCCGUCGUGGACUCCGUUCCGACGUUUCUGUAUCCCUCGAAGGCGGCGCCGGAGCACCAGCUCAAUCUCGAAUGCGCCGUUUGCUUGUCGGAGUUUAAGGAAAAUGAAUGUCUGCGUCUCCUCCCCAAGUGCGGCCAUUUCUUCCAUUUGGAGUGUGUCGAUAAGUGGUUCAUCUCAGGCACUACUUGCCCUAUUUGCCGGACUGAAGUCGAAGCCGUGGUGAUUGAAGACCCAUCAAUGGCGGCCGAACCGGCUGAGGAAGAAAUUGUGCUGGGGCUGUGUGAACCGAUUGAGGAAGAAAAUGGGUUGGAACCGGGUUCGGGCUUGGAUUCUGGACCCUGCCCUAUGGAUAAAGAUUGAUCAUAUAGUUACUUAUUUGUACAAAAAUGACAAAUAUAUGCGAUGAAUUUGUAAAUAAAAAUAUAUCGACUUUGUUCUGCAGAAAUGUUUCCCCUUUUCUUCUGCAUUGAGAAAAGUAUUUAUAUAUAAGCUUGCUUUUGAUCUUUCAAAAAUUAGAU